AUGUUAGAAGUUGUUUGUCUUCUUCUUUGGCAAGGUUUAGCAUUUCGUGGUCAUGAUGAGACUCGUGAUUCUUUACAAAGGGGGAACUUUAUUGAGAUAGUGAAAUGGUAUGCUAGGAAGGAUGAAAAGGUGAGAAAUGUCAUUGGUGAUAAUGCUCCUAGAAAUAACCAAAUGACAUCUCCUAAAAUUCAAAAAGAAUUAGUUAGUUCUUGUGCCUCACAAGUAACAUUAGCUAUGCUCACCGAACUUGGAGAUAGGAAAUUCUCCGUACUAGUGGACGAGGCUCGUGAUUGUUCGGUAAAGGAACAAAUGGCAGUGAUGUUAAGGUUUGUGAAUGAGAAGGGUGAGAUAAUCGAAAGAUUUCUUGCAAUUGAGCAUGUUAGUGAUACUUCUUCAAGAUCUUUAAAAGCAGUUUUGGACAUGUUAUUUGCUCGCCAUAAUUUAUCUCUUUCUAGAUUGCGAGGACAAGCAUAUGAUGGAGCAUCCAACAUGAGGGGAGAGUUUAAUGGGUUGAAAGCACUUAUUCAACGGAAAAAUCCUUUUGCUUUCUAUGUCCAUUGUUUUGCCCAUCAACUGCAGUUGGUGGUUGUUGCUAUUGCAAAACAUAUUCCAGUUGUUGCUGAAUUUUUUACUAACAUCAGUAUGAUUGUUAAUAUUGUUGGAAAAGGGCUUAAUCAACCGACUAAUCUUGCAAGACCGGGUGAUACUCGUUGGGGUUCACAUCAUGUCACUUUAGUCCGUUUGUUGUCUAUGUGGGGUUCAGCCUUAUAUAUGCUUGAAAGAGUUUAUGAAGACGCAAUUGAAAGAGAGCCGAGGGGGAAAGCAAGACGGUCUGCCCGUGCGAGGCACUUGGUAACUUGUUAUCAUCAUCAUCAUAAUGAGGGUUUUCUUCCUGUGAUUGAUUUGCUUACUGUACAUCUCUUGUCUUUUGAUCCGAGAGACUUUUUUUCUAGAUUUGAUCAACACAGUUUGAUUUGCCUUGCUGAACUCUAUUCUGAUGAUUUCUCUGCUACUGACUUGUACUUCUUGAGAGAGGAGCUAGAGACAUACAUUUGUGAAGUAAGAAAUAAUUCUGAUUUUACUAGUUGUGAAGAUCUUGCUAUCCUUGCAAUUAAGAUGGUUCAAACUAGUAGACAUUCUACGUUUCCAUUGGUUUAUCAUUUGAUUGAGAUGGCUUUAAUUUUACCGGUGGCUACAACAUCUGUUGAGAGAGCUUUUUCUGCAAUGAAGCACGUCAAGUCAGAUGUACGGAACAGCAUGGCAGAUGAGUGGUUGAAUGAUUUGAUGAUAUGCUUCGUUGAGAGAGAUAUAUUUGAUUCCAUCGACAAUGAAGACAUUUUACAACAUUUUUAA